CUCGCAACUUUCGCAGGAAAUCGUCGCGUAAUAUAGAGUCAAAAUAAGGUUUAAAAUGCGUGUUAAUUUAAUGAGCAAUUCCAUUAAGCAGGUGUUCCAGACCAACAGAAAUGAAAAACAUUGGCAGUUUUCAUUUAUGCAGCCUUCAUGUAAUGAAAUACAAAUAUCCAUAAAAGAGAGCAUCUUGUGUAAAUACAAAUUAAGAGAACUUCCUUCGCUCAACUUAAGGACAGAUACGACCAAUUGAAAUUAAAAACUUUACCAAAAUCCAUUUAACCAUGCUCUGGAAAGCCAUUUAACUCGGAUCUUUUGAAUUAAAAUACACUGAUGUAAUACCAUAAACAUAAAAGUCUGAAAUUUUUCGCAAUUUAAGAUAGCUUCAAGUGAUCACAGAGAAGGUGACAGUUAAUUGAUUUUUUCUUCGUCUGCCAAGGUUGAUGGGGAGUCAGGUUUCUGUGACGGAAAGUAAAACUGAUUUUGUUGGUGUUUGCAAUAUUAUUGGUAGAGACAGCACGAAUUUGCAUUGGGUUAAAAAAAGAAGUCUCAGAUCAGCUCGUUCGUAAAGUACUUAAAGAGAAAAGUUGCCUACCAUUUUUAUUUAUUCCGAAAAAAUGGAAUAUGUCAGUUUCCUUACCAAAUCAAUCCAAGUGAUGGAUGGUGUUAAAUGGGACUUGCAACCAGCUGCGAGUACAAAAGCAAAAUUUUGUGUGAAUGGACUUAAACCGUUUUUUAGCCCACGCUAAACCCAGUAAGCCAACAAAGACACAAGCAAAUUAAAAGAUAUUAUCUCAAGCAGUUAUAUGUUCACUAUGCACCUGUCUCUGUUUUAAUAUUCUCCUAGAUAAUCCACUUUUAAGGUGCUUCAAUGCUUCUGUGGUCAUUGCGUGGCCUAGGACAUAGAAUUUUGUGUGUGACAUUCGUUUGACAUCAAACAAGAUGCUCCGUAAUUAAAGUGUGGCAUGUAUUUAUUCCACUACUUGAAUUCAUCACAGGGCGAGGGAGGGACGCUUGCUGUUCACCUGUAGCCAGCUUUUGCCACUUAACUCGGCUCUUAUCUUUUUUGAUAGAUACUUGUGGGAUUCACGUUCUCGUGUUUAAAUGGAGAAAGCGGCUAUCAAAGAGGUUCAAGGCCUUUCCUAUCCCAACAUGACUGCUAACCUGUCCUCAGGAGAUCUGGUGUCCGAGAGCGGGUGUUUCCACGGGGAUUCAGUGGCCAUCAAAGUCGCUCGUAUUCUUCCAUAUUGCCUCAUAAUCAUCGUAUCUCUGAUUGGAAACUCCAUGGUUAUCGCUGUUGUGCGAAAGAACAAGCGCAUGCGGACCACUGUGAAUUUCUACAUUGUUAACAUGGCCGUUGCGGAUCUGAUGAUCACAUUGUACAUGCCUAGGAUGUUCACUAUGGCGAUGUUUGGCUUCGAAUGGGUCGUCGAUGGAACCGCUGGGCUUGUCUUCUGCAAGCUCUCCAUCCUCCUCAAUCAAACGCCGAUGAUAGUUUCUAUCUUUACGGUGGUCGCUAUCAGCUUUGAUCGCUUUAAUGCUGUGGUCUUUCCCCUGCGAACAUUUGUCUCUGCGCGACUUUGCAAAAUCGUCAUAGCAUGCAUGUGGCUUCUUGCAUUGGCUUUUCGCAUUCCCAGCGUUUACGCCGUGCGAACGAUGAUUGGUCAGGAUGGAAAACUGUACUGCAAUCUUCUCCUUGAUGACACAUUCGGCGAGGUAGCCAAAAAAGUUUACUAUCAUUUUAACAUGAUAGCAAUCUUCUCAAUUCCUCUUCUUACGAUUAUGAUCUUGUACACCGCCAUAAUUGUCACUUUGAAAAGACGAAAAGCUCCCGGUCUUACACCUGAAAAUUCGUCCAACAACAGCGAAGGGUUCCGACGUAGAGAAGUUGUCAAAAAGAAAGUCCUUCGCUUGGUAUCCAUCGUAGUCAUCGCCUUUGUACUCUGUUGGUUUCUGUAUUACGUUAGACUCAGCAUGUAUGCCUACGGACACGAUCUUCCCUGUGACUGGCUACAUGUGCGACUUGUCCUGGCUCAUUUUAACAGCGCUUUAAAUCCAUGUUUGUACGCCGUUUUCAGCGAAAACUACCGCAGGGGGUUCAAAAAGAUUGUAGUCCGAUUUUACUGCCGAAGAAAGCGCUCUUCGAGUCAGAGUGGAGAUUCGCUAGGAUCCCUUAGAAGAAGGCAACCAGCUUGGGACAGUAAUGGUAGCAUAAGCAUUCGGAUCGAAAAGGAAAUUCAAAAAAUUUCUUCCUUAUAACCUUGCGGUAUCUCUGCUAAAGAAAGCAGCGGAAAAGGCCGAUUUGGCGGGUUAAAACUGCCGCAGAUGGCUUUUAAUAAGUUAUUCGGUAAACCACGUAUAUUUAGCGUGACCUUUUUAUUAGGCGCUGACAUAGAGAGGAUAUUCGAAUGUACAUGUUCUUGUUGGGUGCAAAAUUUUAUCAAUCACAGCCCUCAUUGAUAUAUGAAGCUAUUUAUAAAGCAAAAUGUUAUUCGGGAAAAAAAAAUCUGGAUGAUUUUAUCAUCAGCAAGGAACGAAGUUCAUUCAUAGUAUGGAUUUUGUAAUAUUUGUUCAAAGGAUUUUAAUGUAAAUCGCCUUAUAAACCGCUUUAAAAGCUGGCAACUCCAAAACUCUGUGAUGUGAAUUCAAAAUCCGUUCAAAUAACAACCAGCGUUUUUAAAGGUGUCAGACUAAUACUGUCUUCCUGAAAAAAUUACGCACGGAAGUAUUUGCAUAAGAAAAAAGCCACAUAGGGACAAAUUUUAUGACGUUUUUUCUGCAAACCGUUUGACUGGAACCUAUAUUUGAAAUGUUGACUCUUCAGUAUUUCAUACAAUUUCAAAAACCAAUAUGUAAUGUUAUGAAUGUUAUUACAGUGUACCAAACUAAACUGAACGGAAAUUACGUUUAGUCACGGCUGCUUCAUUUGAAGAAAUUUUUAGACUUGACAAAGAGAAAAAAAAUAUGACAAAUUUAACUUGUCAAUAUUUACUUAUGCAAACACAUUUUUCCUUGUUUGAUGGACAUGACUUUAUAUAGAGUUGUGUUUUUGUUUGUUUUUGGAAAUGUAAAUCAAUUUCAUUUUUUUUAAGCUAACAGCAUGGGCGUGGACAUGGAAUAAUUCAAAACGAACUAAAGCUAUAAUCGAUCAAUGUAUUUAUACAAUUUGUGCGCAAAAUUGUUAAUGCUUUGACACGGAAUAAAUUGUGUGUGUAGAGACGUCAAUGCUUCGACACGGAAUAAAAUAAUUACUUGACCGUUGUGUGACAGGUUUUGCAACAAGAAGCAUUAAGUGAUUGCUUAAAAACACAACAACGACAGUAAAAUGUUAAUAUUGAUGUAAGUUGCCCCUUUCUUUGCCGAGAGAUCUGGGAACAAAAUUGGCUCAUUUCAUGGCUUGGGUUUAAACUCACUGCAUUUGCUUUUGGUUAGUUUACUUUAAAAUUGAGUGAUUUUAAGAAAACGCAUGCAACCUUAAAACUUUUCACACGGCCAAUAAGAAAGUAAUACAGUCAGCUAAACUUGCACAUUCAAACCAGUAUAAAAAAAAAAUAAAAAAAUAACGAAGGAAAAGAAAAGUCUUAUCAAAGUGCUUAUUAAUAUUCAUACUCAGCAACUAAAGAUACGUGAAGUUAAUUUAAAUACCUUUCGUAUUUCGUUGUCCUCUUUGUUACUUUAUGAUAAUUGCUUUCUGUGUUAGUAAAAUAUAGUGACAUAAAUGAUUUUACACGGUAACUCUUGAUAGAAAUAAUUUUAUGUUAUUGUACAUCAUUGUACCAUACAUUGUGCAAAAUUUCUCAUUUGUCCAGUACAAAAAUAUUAUCUAAAGUGCUUCUUUUCCCAUUCCACGGGCCUUUCCACCUUCAGGAAUGAUACCUAUAGAUAAUUGCAUGUUUUGUGUCAGUGUAAGUAACUAAAAUAAUAAUAAAAAAUAACUAAUAAAAUCAGGUAGAUUAGUAUAUUUUGCGUGUUUGUUUGCAAUGUUAAAUGCAAAGCCUAAUUCCAUUUUUUUACGCUACAUAUGGGAUGUCCCAAUACAAUA